UUCUCCAAAGUGAGCUUCUUUUAAUACAAGACUUCUCCUUGAGCUCGAAAUUUGGCUUCUUUAGGAUUUUUAAUUUCCUCCAUGAGUCUAUGCUUUUCAGAGUUCCUUAUCUUUUAUUCUUUUUCUAGUACUAGUAAAAGCUCAUUUUUUCAGAACCAUCUCAGUUGAGGAUGUAUGAGGUUGGUAUAACAUGUGAAUUGCAUUUGAAAAUUUCUCAAAUAUUUAGAUUAAUUGGAGCUGGAUCUUUACAAUAAGAUUUUUAUCCUGGCUAAUUCCGCUUGACUAUGCCUGCAUCUUUUUUCUUUAAUUCUCUAAACUUUUUCUCUAUCUUAAUUCUUACUGUAGACAUUAUUAUGCAACAACUUUCUGAUUUUGCCCAAAAUGAUAUGCUUGAGACGCAACCUUUGCUUUUAGGAUUUUAUAAAUCUAGGCUAAAAUAUUGAUCAUCAAAAUUUGUAAUCUUUUCUCACUCCAGUAUAUCGGAAUGGGGUAAGUCAUGUUUAUAAUUUCUUUGCUGUCAAUUUACUAAAUAAAAUUGUAUGAUUAAUAUCAUACCAACGUUUCGCUCUUGAGAAUACCUUCAGAGUUCAGGUAUUUAACCUUCUUGGUUGGGAAGAUAGGUAACUUUCCUUAGAUAUCAAAAUUCUAUAUAUUUUUAUCUUUAAUUAUGCCUUGAACAUAUCUCAUUCACUAAGAAAGCAUCUCUAGUAAUUCAAAUUCAGAUUAAUAAUAUUGAGCAUAAUUUAAUUUCUCGCUAUAAUUUUUACCAUAAAAACUGACGAAUGGUUAAGAACAGGUUUGAAUAAUAAUAAAUCUGACUAAUUAAGGUGUGUAUUUCCAACAUUAAAAUAUUUUGUCAUCAUUUGUGCAUUUAAUAGCAAAGUCUACCUUUCAUCAUUAUUUUAGAUUUUCAAAAAAUAUGAAUUUUAGAACAUGAUUCCUCUGAUCUCCCUUACCAUUGCGAAUAUUUGUGAAACUAUUUUCUUACAACCCAAAGAGCAAGAAUUUCUGAAAAUGCCAAAGCAGAUGCAUUGGAAUAUGAAAAUUACCCUAAACAUAUAGAAGCCUGGCAACACCUCAGAAUCGGUAAACCAUUGUAAUAUAGAACACUACAAAACAAACAAGUAAAAAAAUGCCCGAGAGAAUGCUAGUAAUUUUUGAUUGAAUACAUCUCUGGAAGAAAAUAUCAAACAAGUCCAGAGACUAAAUUCUGAAAGCAGAAAACUAUAAGAUAAUAAAAUAUUUAGAAUAAGAAAGCUUUUUAGAGAGCACAAAAAAUGGUGAACUUCCAAAAGAAUAUAGAGUUAUUUUGUCCAUCAUUAGCAAGAUCCUGAGAUGUUCAAGAGAGAAGGACUCAGAUCGUAUAGUUAAUCCUUUCCGAACCAUAUAAAUAACUUGAAAUCUCCAUUGAUUGCUAACAAAUUAUUUUAUCUUCUUAACUAUAGCAAAGAGAGCUAUACAAUUACAAAGAUUCAUGAUUAAUCAACAAUAAGUUGCAACUCGAUAUGCCUAUGAACCCAUUCACACAAUAAUGAAAUAAGCUCAUGAAUUUUGGGUUUA